GCCCCCCCUCGAUGUGGAGUGACACUAUUGAAAAGUCUCAAUUUUUACUAAUCUGCCUGCUAAACUCAUUUUAAGGUCAAUGCAAAUUUGUACAAACCUAUUACAAACGAUGGAAUCAAUUCAUUUAGUGAAAAUCAAUUACCGGUCAGCUAUCUACAUACGAAUUGACAAUAAUCCAGCGUAGAUGUUGUGUUUACAUUCGUCCAUUCUGUCGUGUUUUUUUUUGUGAAACUCAUCAGUAGAGGAAAAUGAGGGGAGAAGAUCCAGUCGCCGCUGAAAUGUCAGUUCGGCGCGGCUGAACAUCAGCUCUCGCUGAUAAUCAGGUUUUUUUUCGUGACAUAAAAAGUGAAAAUGUGGAAAAAUAAUUACAUUCUUAUCUUAUCGAUUUCGGCCAUGUUCAGACAUCGAGCUUAAUAUUUAUGUGGAAACUAGAGGUUUUUAGCGCAAUAGCAUGGUUGCUACACGAUUCUCAUUAUUCUGUUGAUGAAGGUCUCUACAUCACUGUCACCAAUUGGUGAUGAAUUAAUUUUUCUGAACAACUCCUCACAAUUACUAAGUGAAUAAUUGCAAUUUGCAGGUGCAGAGAACUUCAAAAUGCACGGAGCGAAGCGGGUUCUAAUUUUCUGUCUUCUUACAACAUUCAUACCAAUAUUUCUAUUGGUAAUGCCGCUUUAUUUGAGGCACAGUUUAUACGCUGACGUGGUUUAUGCUGUCACUGAGUCCGAUAUCAUGGAGAUUAGUGAUGGAGUAUCAACGAUGUUCUGCUCCGCCCACACGCUCCAGAUGAACAGCACUUUCAACGCCUUCCAAAUGGGUCAUAAACCCGAAGUAACAUCCUAUCGCAAACAUAUAAGACUGAAGAAAAGUAUGACCUUGCCCGAUGAUACACUCGAGUACUGGGGCUUUUAUCUCCUCCGGGGUGCGACUGUGGCACUCUCUGUUUGCUCAAAGUCCAAAGGUGCGUCAAUUCUCGUGGUGAAAGGCCAGAGAACCUUGAGCACAUGUGGCUUGCUGGACCACAACGAGAAUAAAGCCCGUAAAAAUGGAAUAUAUAUCUCAUCAGGACAGAACCAAGUGAAAAUAACUUUCGAGUCGAAUGCCCAGUUGAUCGAAUCGAAGGAGAUUCCCCGAGGUCUUCCAGGGGGUCCUGUAUUGCAAGAACAGCAGAAGCCCCAGACUACAGAGAAGCCCUUCAACAAUUCCCAGGACCUCCAGAUAUCCUCAGCCAGUUUGAGGCGGCUCAGUCCGUCUGUUCAGUCCUACAUAGCUGAUCUCAUCGUCUCGCAUGAUUCCCAUCAUCACAACAAUGACAACACAAACGACAAUGUUCAUUCUGAACGGCGAGUUAGACACGCGAGACAGAGAUUUAGUGAGAAGAUCCAUGAGAGUGAUGAAAUGAACGAGGUGAAUCCCCCAGAAAUUCAUGAAACAUCACCAGUGAAGCUCAUAAGGUCGAGAAGAUGGACGAAUUCUCCCCAAAAACCUUUAGUACCUUUAUCCACUAUUGAAUCUACAACUCAGAAAGACUAUUUUUUCGAACGAACCAGGGAUUACAUCAGCAAGUUAAACUCAAAGACCCCUAGAUCCCCGCGGGUUCAGCAAAAACUGGAGCUUCUGAAGUACCAGCUGGAGACACCAGGAAUGGACAUAGCAGCUGAGGAGGACAGCAAGGGUCAGAAAAUAUACAUUUCUCACAAGUACAAACCCCCGAGGCCGACUCACAACAUCGUUAGGAGGAGUCAAGAACCUGUGAAGCCUCCAGCACUGCUAGAUCGAGGAGUCAAACAUGGGGGCAAUGCCUUCAUCAAUCCCGGGGCAGAUGAGUCGUCCUUCUCAUCCUUUGAGGAAGGUCUUUUUGAUUGUUAUGAGGGAAACAUACUCCUGGCGAGCAAAUUCCCUCCCACGAGUUGCGAGAGCACCGAUGAUCUUAUCAACGGUGGAGGCAUGCACAUGCAGACACAUCACAACGUCACCGAGGAUGGAUAUUACUAUUAUAUUUUUUACAGUGACAAUGACUUUGGUUCCAAUGAUAUGCACGCUGUGUUCGACAUAUGGAAGCCAACUUUUCAGUAUGAAAAUGUCACCAAGAGCUGUGUCAAUGUGACAGACUGCACGUUCCCAUUGGACAUCAUGUCUGAUGACAGAGUUAUUGUGGAGAUUCCUACGAGAGACGGGAUUGACCACGAGGCUGAUGAUAUUUCAUUGUUGGUUUCAGUCUGUCAUCCCAGGGUUGGACUUUAUGUUCUCUUUCCUAUUGCUGUUUUGUUGUUUAUUUUGAGUUGUGCAUUCUUGUGAGGGUUUCGAUGGUGGAGAGUCUGGUGGAGUAUUUGGGCAGUUACAGCAUGAAAAAUAGGGUUUUACUGGUAAUGACGAAUAUUCGGUUUUCUUUGCCGAGCACGUAAAACUGUAUUUUUCAAUUCGGUAAAUUAUUUUUACUGCAGCAGUGGGAAAAGUAUUUUUGUUCUGUCUAGCAGGAAUAAUCAAUUUUGUCUGCGUAGGACGUGAAAUUUUAUUUUUUGUUCUCGUAUGUAAAACGUUCAUUGUAAGUGAGACAAGGGCAGACGUGUUGACAUUUUUUUUAUAAUCACAUAGAUGCGGAUAAAUCUAUGGAUACACCGAAUGCACAAUGUCGUACAAAGUGGACAAUGCUGUGUAAGAAGUCAGUCAUAAUCAAAAUGAAGACAGGAAGGAGAGAAUUUAAUUUUAAUGAUUAUUUGUAAGUGAUCGAUGGUUGUAAUUGUACAUAUACCUCAAACAAUCUCUAUUUUAUACCUACAAAUGUUAUGUGAAUAUUAGAGUCUAUGGGAGCUACUUAUGAAAUAAAAGUAAUUUACAAAUGA